AAAAGAAAGACAAUGAUUUGAUUCUAUCUGUGUAAGGGCCUUCUCUCACUGGGACAGUUUGAGGCCCUGUUUAGUCAUAUGGAAAUAAGGCAAUCGGGGACUGUUAGGAAGGUGAUCCAAUCUAUCACCUCCAGAGAAAGGGAAGAGCCUAGAAGAUAUGAAAGAAAAUUUAGUUUGAUAGUUUUCUGCCUGGAAAGAACUUGCUUAUUCAUAGACACAGGCCAUGGCUACACUGGAGAGUUGCAGCGCUGGUGUGGGGGUUACAGCGCUGCAACUCAGUCUGUGUCCACACUUGCAAAGAACAGCCAGCGCUGCAACUCCCUGGCUGCAGCGCUGGCUGUACACCUGGUCUGCCUCGGGUGUAGCGAUUCCAGCGCUGGUGAUGCAGCGCUGGUCAUCAAGUGUGGACACCAACAGCGCUUUUAUUGGCCUCCAGGGUAUUAGGAGGUAUCCCAGCAUACCUUUUCAGCCACUCUGCUCAUCGUUUCAUGCUCCACUGCCCUGGGCUCAGGUGACCCCCCCUUUAAAUGCCCCGGGAAUUUUAAAAAUCCCCUUCCUGUUUGCUCAGCCAGGUGUGGAGUGCAAUCAAUCAAUCAAUCAGUGACCAUGCCUCCACGCCCCAAACGAGCCCCAGCAUGGAACAAUUCCGAGCUGCAGGACCUCAUCAGUGUUUGGGGUGAGGAAGCUGUGCAGUCACAGCUGCGCUCCAGCCGUAGAAAUUAUGAUACCUAUGGGCAGAUAUCAAAGUCCUUGCUGCUAAGGGGCCAUGAACAGGACGCGUUGCAGUGAAGAGUAAAAGGAAAGGAGCUGUGCAGUGCCUAUUGCAAAGCCCGUGAGGGAAAUCGCCGCUCAGGAGCUGCCCCCACGACCUGCUGUUUUUACAAGGAGCUGGAUGCCAUACUUGGGUGUGACCCCACUGCCAAUCCGAGGAGCACGAUGGAGAGUUCAGAGCAGGGAGAAGUGGGGGAGGGUGUAGAGGAAGCCGAGAGUGAGGCUACUAGGGUGGUGGGAGACACCCCGGAGUCCCAGGAUGCAUGCAGCCAGGAGCUCUUCUCAAGCCAGGAGGAGGCUAGCCAGUCGCAGCAGCUGGAACUUGUUGGUGAAGAAGAAGCAGAGGAGCGUGUUCCUGAUGGCCUCUGCCAACAACACCCGGCAGGCCCAGAAAGAUGCCGCCGACCAGAACUUUGACUACAUGUUUAAGCUGCUGAUCAUAGGGAACAGCAGCGUGGGGAAGACAUCCUUCCUGUUCUGCUACGCCGAUGACUCCUUCACCUCGGCCAUCGUCAGCACCAUGGGCAUCGACUUCAAGGUCAAGAUGGUCUAUAGGAACGAAAAAAGGGUCAAGCUGCAGAUCUGGGUGAGCGCCAGGAAGGGGAGGGAACGGCAGCUGCAGCUGUCGCUGGCUUUCGCGGGGAGGGAGGGGAUUCAGAAUCUCUUUGCUUCUGAAAGCCUCUGGCAGUCACCAUGGUAA